UUGAAUAUUAGUGUGGUAUGGUGGGAGUGUACUCUGUAUGGUGAUGGCAAUGAAAUUGACGUUCCAAAAGAAAUAUUAAAAAUUUAAUGCAAUUCAGCUAAAUUAUUAACUUUAAUUUGUAUUGCAACAGCACAUACUGGUCAUUUCCCAGUUUUUUAGUUUAGAAAGUGACGAGUGAACAAUCUAGUGGUUAUUUGAGACUUUAGAUAUCUUAGGAAUUUCCUAAAGUAGUGGUGAGGAUAAAAUGUAUUUUUAUUGACGUCUUUUGUGUUUAUCGUAUAAUUUGACUUUUGAAAUUGCACGUUUGUGUAACAAUUGACAAUCAGAAAAAUUUGAAUUUCAACAAUGGAAGCAAUAGCCAAGCACGAAUUCAAUGCGACCGCCGAAGAUGAACUUAGUUUUAAGAGAUCACAAGUUCUCAAGAUUCUUAAUAUGGAAGAUGAUAUGAAUUGGUACAGGGCUGAAUUAGAUGGCAAAGAAGGACUGAUACCUAGUAACUAUAUAGAAAUGAAAAAUCACAACUGGUACUAUGGUAGGAUAACUAGGGCGGAUGCAGAAAAGUUAUUAAUGAAUAAACAUGAAGGAGCCUUUUUAAUUAGAAUUAGUGAGUCAUCACCAGGGGACUUUUCAUUAUCAGUGAAGUGUUCUGAUGGUGUACAGCAUUUUAAAGUUCUUAGGGAUGCACAGGGGAAAUUUUUCUUAUGGGUCGUUAAGUUUAAUUCACUAAAUGAACUUGUAGAAUAUCAUCGCACCGCUUCAGUCUCAAGGUCACAAGAUGUUAAAUUACGGGAUAUGGUUACUGAAGAAUGCUUAGUGCAGGCCUUAUACGAUUUUAAACCUCAAGAACCAGGUGAAUUGGAGUUUAAACGUGGUGACGUUAUCACAGUAACAGAUCGCACUGACCAGCACUGGUGGAACGGAGAGAUUGGACAUAGGCGUGGCCUUUUCCCGGCCACUUACGUAACACCUUAUCACACAUAAUUUUGCUCAUUUCGUUCUAAGUCCUAUGAAAUUAUUUUUGUUGUAAAUUUUAUUAACUUUUCUCCCCCUAAAACAAUGUUUGAGUGUAAUCAAAAACGAAAGAAAAUAACAGGCCUAAUAUGAGCAUGAAGUAUAGAAGUAACUACGAAAGACCUCCGAUGGUCUUUGUAACAGAAAAAUGUUAUUUUAGCCAAUUUUAUCCAUACAUGCAAAGACAUAUUGGAGUGGUUGAACUUGUCAUACUUUUUCAGUGUACGUGGAGUAUCUUUUUUUUUAUUUUAAGGGAGGUAAUGAGCACUGUAGGAUAUUAUUAGGUGCUUUGAUUUAUUUUUGUAUGGACGUGAAGUAAAAACUACGCUAAAAAAACUAUUUUAAUACGAAUUGAAAACUUGAUGUAUUGAAUGUAAGAAAAAUGGUAUUACAACGCACAGAAAGUUACGUUUCAAUUGAAUUGACGAAUGUGGGUAAUAUUUUAAUUGGAAAGGAGGAAUUUUCAAUUCAAUAAAACAAUUUUAAUAACUAAUUAUAUUUUCAAUGCCACUUCUACUAAGUACGAAGCUGGAUAUCUUAUUUAAAUCAUUUAAUUGUAUCGUUUUAAUCAGAAAGAAAUAAAAGAACAGAGCAGGCCAACUUUAUGUUAGUGUUUGAGUGACAUUAGAAGUUUGGAAUAGAUAACAUUUUCAACUCCAGUGCGUGCUCUAUUCUUAUAUUUCUCUAUUUUGUGUUUUUAAUCAAACAAUGGAUUCCUCCUAUGCAAAUGUUGUAUUCCCUCGUGUACAAUGCAAAUUGGAUUUUUUUCUCAGCAUGAAUAUUUCUGCUGUAUACCAUGAUGAUUCAGUUUUCUUUCGUAUGCAACUUAAUAGUGCCUAAUAAAUGUCAAUGUAUUUUCUUCUAUUUUACUAUAGAUCUUCGUUAGAUUUACUAAUUUAUUAUAAACCUAUUUGGUUGCAUUAUUAGAAAUAUAACAGUUUACAUUGCACACACACCUCAUAUUUUUUUCGUGGUGCAUUAUUUCUAAUAAAUGUGUCCAUUUUUAAA